GUUUGUGCCAUCGGUUUCCAAAGCAAAGGCCCCUGACAACAUAUAAAUAAGUAUCGCAUCGAGACGGAAUUCAGAACGGCUGCGGACCUUUUAAGAACACCUCUCGGUUGUACGUCAUUGCUGCAGAUAAAGUUAUCCCAGUGAGCUGGCAUACAUCUGAUGACUCUUCCAAAAAUGAGGCCACUCCAAGACUUUUCGCGUUUGAUGUUGGUGCUUAUACUUCCAAAUCUCGCCAGUUCGUUUGUUCUGGACAGCGAGUGUGUAGCUCCGGCUCCAUGUACUUGUUCUGGGAGUAACAUUCAGUGCUCUUCUAAAAACCUACAGACUGUACCGCAAUUCAAGCACAUUAACAUCAGUUCGAAUUCGUUGAUAAAUAUAGAUUUACAAGGAAACUACAUCACCACGAUAGGACCAAAUGCAUUCUGUAACCUAAUAUUAUCAACAUUAACAACGGUAUACAUGCAAUUGUAUUUAAACCACAUGAAUAGCAUGUCCAGCAGUGCUUUUAAUUGUAUUGGCGCAAACAUUUUUCGUCUUAAUAUGGAUGUGAAUAACUUUUCAGUUUUACCCCAAGCGCUAAAGAGUCUUGUUAACUUGGCUGAACUAGAUAUUGAUACUAACCCUUUGACAAGUUUAGAUUCUGCAGUCAUGAGUGUAAUUGGGAGGACUCUAAAAACACUACAUGUCGAUUUAUCUUAUUUCACCACCUGGCCUCAUGAGUUUCGUUUGCUCAGAACACUGAAUACCCUGUCCAUAUCUCAUAUACGAUUUCCUAAACUGAGCACAGACGCGUUCCAUGGAAUGGAGUCAACCUUGCGUACAUUAACAAUAGCUGAUUCUCGCUUGGAGAGGAUGCCUAUUGCUAUUUGUCAUAUACAGAACUUACGAAGUUUGACCUUUACAUCUAAUCAUUAUCUAAAUCUAAAUACAACAGUAUUCGAUCCGUGCAACAAACGUUUUAACUAUAUAACAACUCUUGAUAUAUCUGGAAAUGAACUAAGGAACUUCCCAGAUAUUUUUCACAUAUUUCCCGAAAUCACAAUCUUGAAUCUGCAAGAAAAUAAAUUAGGAUAUAUCGAUGGUGACCUCAUACCAGCAAACAAUCGGCUGCAGAGUCUUUAUUUGUCUUUCAAUAAUUUCAGUAGAAUACCUGAUGUUGUCAACAAGUUACAUUCGUUAACGCGUCUUGAAAUGCAAUAUAACCACAUCGGUGCCAUUUAUGAUACAGAUUUACAAAACCUUACGGCGUUAACACGUCUCGUAUUAUUUAACAAUGGUCUACAAAGUAUUUCCUCACAUGCCUUCAGAAACAAUCCCAAAUUGAACUAUUUGGAUCUUGAUGAUAACCUUCUCCAUACGAUUUCUAGUUCAAUCACCACAUUGCACUCACUCAGUACGUUGUACCUCCGGAACAAUCAUAUCGAAUGUACAUGUGAUCUGUCUCACUUGAAAUCCUGGAAUGUCACCAGUAUUAACUCAUUCACUGGAAAUUGUGAUUCAAGUACUGAAACUUUAAAGCAUUUUUUAGCUAAUGCGCUUCCCGGUUGCCCAAAGAACUAAAUUGAUGAACAUAAUGAUGAGUUUUGUUUUAUUUGUUAAUCCUGUUAACCAGUUUAGGGUGUUGUUGUUGUAGGCUUUGAUAUGUGAGCUUGAUUUUUAGAAUGAUUUUGUUUUAUAUAAAACGUUUGGUACCAAUAUAAUGUCGAGAAACAACCAUAAACCAAAUAGUCAAAGCGAUU